GGGACUCGCUGGCAGGGAGGGAGGAGGGAGCCGCGCAGCGCCCCCGCCGCCGCCCCCGCGCCCCCGCCACCCCCGCCGCCGCCCCCGCCACGGGGCGCUCCCGCCGGCACGCAGUUGCAAUUUCUGAGCAGUUUUGUCUGGAAGACUGUGCUCAGGUUAUGACGACUAAUCCCAAACCGAACAAGGCAUUAAAGGUAAAGGAGGAGUCAGGAGAGAAUGCCCCAGUGCUGAGUGAUGAUGAACUCGUGUCAAUGUCCGUACGGGAGCUGAACCAGCACCUGAGGGGUCUCACCAAAGAGGAGGUCAUCCGUCUGAAGCAGCGGAGGCGCACGCUGAAGAACCGGGGCUACGCUGCCAGCUGCCGCAUCAAGCGUGUGACUCAGAAAGAGGAGCUCGAGAGGCAGCGGGUUGAGCUGCAGCAAGAGGUGGAGAAGCUGGCCAGAGAAAACAGCAGCAUGAAGCUAGAGCUGGAUGCCUUGCGCUCCAAGUACGAAGCACUCCAGACCUUUGCUCGUACUGUGGCGCGAGGGCCUAUUACCCCGACCAAAGUUGCCACCACCAGUGUCAUCACCAUCGUGAAGUCAGCCGAAAUCUCAUCCAGUUCUGUGCCGUUUUCAGCAGCCUCCUAGUGCCCUCGGUGGGGGGAACUAGCAGCCUUUCAGAGGGGAGGGGAUAAGGCUCUUAUGCAUUGUUCCGGAGUCCUUGGUCACGUCAAGAAUUGGCAUUUUAAGAAGUCUCUUCCAAAAGUGCAAAAAACAGAAGAAAAUAGAAAAAGAGAAAAACAAACCCAAAGGGUCCCUACAAAGGGAACGUAACUGGCUGCUUCUGUCUGGACUCAGUGGCUCCAUCAACCUCUUGUGUCCAGGAUUUGAGCUCUGUAUGCAGUACAAAUUGCAAGAUCCGUUUCCUCCUUCCCUCUGCCUCCACAAACCCCUCUCAGCUGUGGGCAGCUUUCCAGCUGGGAGAAGAUACCUGAGGAGUCUCCGGAAUCUUCGUGAAUGAUGCUCAAGAGCCAGGAAAUAUAUGGACCGUAGAAAUCAUCAUGUGAGAUGAAUGUAUGGGAAAAAGAGUUUCCUUUAGUGGCCUCCUACUCCUUAUAAGAAGGGUCUCCCCUACCUUCCCCACUUCCAUCCUAUAUUAUGAGGGCAGGAAUAUAGGCUUUUUGGGUUUAAUUUCAUCCUGCUAAGAGUGGAUGGGAGCGGGAGGAUGAUGGAGAUAAAUGCUUGGGUCUGACCACACCCAUUAAGAAUAACCUUUUGUUUUCAAUCCAUGCUGUUAAAAUAUGGAAAAAUAUAUAUUUUGCAUAUUUUAAUAUGCCCCAUUACCUGUGUGGCCUGUAAAAAACCACAUUGCAGCCUCCUUUAUUCCAAGCCCAAGUUUCCUGAUAGCUCAUUCCCUAAGGUGUGCCUGUGAAUUGGGUAUAUUUAUGCAGUUUAUUUCUUCCAGAUGAUCCACAGUCUUGAAGUAGAAGCUUUUUUUUCCUGGGUUACCUGAAGCUGAAGGGAGGGAGGCACAGUAAAUGCUGUGAAGAGCGUGCACUGUGGAGGAGAAGGGGGGAUGAGGAGAAAAAUUGCUGCAUGUAUUACUGGUGGAGGCAGAAUUGGCUGUGAGAGAAGGUGGGACAGUUCUGCUGGGAUCAGCGCUACAGGAAGGGGUUUGUGCAGAGUAUUUCAGAAGGAUGUUUUUAAAGCACUGAAGUGUAACUAGAGGACAAUAGCAUUCAGCCAGGAGGAGAGAAGUUUAGAGUCUCCUCUUUGACACAAGCAUUGGUAUAUUAGCAAUGAGCAUCCUUAGCUGGAGAGCUGUGCUCACCAGUCCUUGGUGAUCAGAGAAGGGCUAUGGGGAGGUUAGAUGGGAGCUUGGAAGAGUCUUUCCCUCUCCAUAACAUAUCAAAUGCUGAAUUUGGGAUCCAAAGAGUACAGUGAACAACCCUCAGUGUUCAGACAACCUGUGUGAAUGUGACCCUGAAACUUGAUGCUUUCUCUUGCAAGUGGGCGAGUUAUCUUGAGAGGCACACGGAGGGCAGGAUGGAAAAUCAAUGUGCGUGUAGAGGACAGAAAAAUUGGGAUUGAGAAGUCGUUUGUUUGGCUCUGAGCAGUGGUUUGGGAGAGGGAUUUCUGGCUUGGCAGUGGGCAGGGUUUAGGAAGCUGAAAGGAGAGAUUCUGCUGUCACGCAGCAGUGAUGAAAUGAUGAAUGUUUCCAGGUCACUGUAAAAAAAAAAUAGCUAUGUUGGUGUUUGUGUGUUUUGUUGUUGUUUGUUUGUUUUUUUUUUUCUUGAAGUAGGAAAGAAAAGGGACCGUGUGUUUUAUAGGGCAUGUCAGAGACUUGUGGAAUGGACGAUGCCUGUUGUCAUGCAGGUGAGAAGAGAAUGAGAUUGCUGAGGUUUAAGAUGAGGAGAAGAGCUUAGAGAAUUUGGGCUCCAGAACAGAAAACAAAGAUCAUGGAGAAUUCAUAAGUGGUUUGGACUGAAAGAGAAUAAUCAAGUGCUACCGUUGUUGGAAAGAAGACAGUGAACUGGCAUCUGACACCCAGUAUAAUUUGUUGUUUGAGGCUUUGUCUUGCCUUGAAUGGCAGUAAGUUGGUAGAAAUUUAGUGAAGCCCUACUUGUCUUUUGAAGAAGUUGUUAGCUUGCUUUUACUUUUUUUUUCACCUUGUCAUCAGAGUCUCUGGAUUUCCCAGGAGGAUCCUGUGUGAAAUAGGUUAAUGAAAAGAGAAACCUCAGACUUGGUUCUCAUUCAGUCCCCAACAUCGACGUCCGUGACCUUACUGAGCCAGAAAGGGUGUCAGUGAAAUGCUUCCUGAAGGCUCGUUCCCCCUGCCACAUCCACAUGUUUUGGAGGGGAGCAGGAAGUUUCCUUUAAGUGAUUUUCCAACACGUAGAGUUUGGAUGACACUUAGUGUUACCUCAUUUCUCCUCCAUUCCCUCCCUAUCUCCAAACAGGCAGAUUGAUGUCCUGUGUAUCAGUACCAGUUAUUGACUCCCACAGCAGAAGCUGAGGAAGAGAAAGAUGUUACGGUCAUUUCCUGGUCCUCUCAUGUUCUCCAGCUCACAGACAUUGGACACUUUCCCAGACCUUACAGGUGCCUCCAAAAACAGGCAAAAUGGAGACUCCUGGCACUGUUGGGGCUUUAAAUGAAAACUUUAAUGAAAAAGGCCAGUUGACUUGAAAAUGCCCAAAUGCUUCCAGUCUUUAAAACAGCUCCAGAGCUCCGUAACAUUCCUGGCUAGAUAGGAACACCCUCUGGCUGCCCUUGACACCCCUCCGGGGAAAUCAGACCUGUCUCACUGAAGGGGACGGAGGUCAAACUUUGUUCCUGGGGUCUUCUUGCUGUUGGAAUGAGUUGAGAAACAUAUCUUUCUGUGGCACUUCCCUUGUGGCCAAAUAUUUCUUUUUUUUCCAGUUCUUGGAAGGGUGCCAAAGGCUUGUCCAAGUGAUUGCUAGAUAAGUGCUGGUAGGCACUUAAAUCUCUGGUCACUCGAUAAAGAACAAGAGGCCUGGGUGUUGUGAAAGCUGUUGAUACCAUAGCCAUGGUAGGUAAUCCAUAUUGGAUAUCCAUAAGGACCACGUGGAAAUAUUUAAAGAGAGAGAAAUAUAUAUAUAAAUAUAUAAUUAUAUACAUUUUAUCGUACAGAUUUUUCGUAAAAAAGAAAAAAAUAAUUUUUUUUCCAAGUUUGAUACUGUAAAUCUUUAUUAAAAGAAAUUGCCAGUCCAGG